AUGAGGUCAUUCUGGGAGCUCGAACACAUCGGUAUCACCGACUCAAAGACAGAGCUGUGCGACAAAGGCGAAGUAAUGCAACGAUUAGGAGAUUCCGUAAAAUACGAGAAUGGGAGGAAUGAUGUCAGCCAUCCGUGGAAGCAAAACGCUGACAAACUUGCAGACAACAAGGAUACGGCACUCAGUAGACUGCGCAGCCUCACAGCCCGUCUUAUGAAAAACCAGAGUCUACUCCAGGAAUAUGACACAGGCAUUCGGGAGUAUUUGAAGAAAGGAUUUGCCAAGGUUGUAACAGAGAGUGAAACCGUAACUGAACCGGUUUUCUACAUGCCUCACCAAGCAGUGAUACGGAACGACAGGAUAACGACAAAGCUUAGAAUAGUCUUUGACGCUUCAUCCAGAUAUGAGGACCAGCUUUCGCUCAAUGACAGACUAUCAGCCGGCCCAAACUUGAAUCCGGAUCUCACGACGCUGCUUUUGCGCUUUCGAUUGUAUAACAUUGCAAUUCUAGCUGACAUAGAGAAGGCGUCCUUGCAGGUGUCCCUUUCAACAAAGGACAGAAACGCACUUCGUUUCAUCUGGUAG